GCCGUGAAUGCGAAUAGUUCGUCAUGAGUUUAGUCGGCAAAGUUGUAAUUGUAACCGGAGCAAGUUCAGGCAUCGGUGCCGCCGCCGCAGAAGCCUUUGCCAAACAAGGUUCCAGAAUGGUGCUCGUAGGACGAAAUGAAGCGAAUUUGAAGGCUUCCGUAGCUGCCUGUAAAUCAGUCAACAGCAAAGCUGAACUUCUACCGCUUAUCGCCGAUGUCACAGUGGAUGCGGAACGAAUUAUAAACUCGACUAUUGAGCUAUUCGGACAAUUGGAUGUGUUGGUCAAUAACGCAGGCAUUUUCGAGGUUGGCAAUAUCUUGGAUAUUGAUGUGGAUCAGUUUGAUCGUGUCAUGAAUACAAACUUGCGUGCGGUCUUCCUGCUAACUAAAUAUGCCGCACCACACUUGAUUAAGAGUCAAGGUAAUAUCGUGAAUGUCUCCAGCGUUACCGGACUGCGUUCAUUUCCGGGUGUUUCCACCUAUUGCUCCUCAAAGGCAGCACUGGAUCAAUUUACCAGAUGUAUUGCCUUGGAUUUGGCGUCGAAAAAUGUGCGUGUGAAUGCCGUAAAUCCCGGUGUGAUUGUGACCGAUAUUCAUAGACGUCGUGGCUUAUCGCCAGAGGGUGUCAAGGAAUAUUUGGAACGUUGUAAGGAGACACAUGCACUUGGACGUGUCGGAGAACCAAACGAAGUAGCCGAUGCUAUUAUAUUCUUAGCUAGUAGCAACGCCAGCUUUAUAACGGGCGCAACGCUGCCCAUCGACGGUGGCAAGCAUGCAAUGUGCCCGCGUUAAUUAGUUAUUGAAAAUUCUUAUCUACUUAUAUGUAUGUAGUGUAUACCAGUAAAUAAAAAAUAUAAAUAUUAAA